AUGAAUGGACAGUCUUUGCUUGGUGGAACUGGUGACGCUCGGCAUGGUCCUCUUUGGAUGGACCCUUUUGGAAAUAAAGCUGGUGAGGCAGUGCAAGGAGGCUUCAAACGGCUAAGCUUGGCCCUGGUCCACGGGUGGCAAGAACAGGAGCCAGAGGAAGAGACAACUGCCAUGGAGGACAUUCCCACUAUGGUUAAAUUAGACCUAGGUGAAAACCAGGUUUCAUCAGGUCGAGAAAGAAGGUGCAUCCCCAAGGUGCUUGGCUAUGUCACCGGUGACAUGAGAGAAUUUGCCAACUGGCUUAAAGACAAACCUGUGGUGCUCCAGUUCAUAGACUGGAUUCUGCGGGGCAUAUCCCAAGUGGUAUUCGUCAGCAACCCCAUCAGUGGGAUCCUGAUUCUAAUGGGACUUCUGAUACAGAACCCCUGGUGGGCUCUUAAUGGCUGUGUGGGAACCAUAGUCUCUACUCUGAUGGCCCUCUUGCUCAGCCAGGACAGGUCAGAGAUAGCAGCUGGGCUCCAGGGCUACAAUGCCACCCUGGUGGGAAUUCUCAUAGCUGUCUUCUCAGACAAGGGCGAUUAUUUCUGGUGGCUGUUAUUUCCUGUAUCUGUCAUGUCCAUGACAUGCCCAAUUUUCUCAAGUGCACUGAGCUCCGUGCUCAGCAAGUGGGACCUCCCUGUCUUCACUCUUCCUUUCAACAUGGCACUGUCAAUGUACCUUUUGGCCACGGGACAUUACAAUCCGUUCUUCCCAAGCAAACUCGUCACACCUGUUACCUCCAUUCCCAAUAUCACCUGGUCUGAACUCAAUGCCCUGGAGCUAUUGAAGUCCCUGCCAGUGGGGGUCAGCCAGAUAUAUGGCUGUGAUAGCCCAUGGACAGGGGCCAUUUUUCUGUGUGCCAUCCUGCUGUCCUCCCCACUCAUGUGCCUACAUGCCGCCAUUGGCUCAUUGCUGGGAGUAAUAGCAGGACUCAGUCUUGCAUCUCCAUUUAAGGACAUCUACUCUGGACUCUGGGGUUUCAACAGUUCUCUGGCCUGCAUUGCGAUUGGAGGGAUGUUUGUAGCGCUCACCUGGCAAGCCCACCUCCUAGCUCUCGCUUGUGCCCUGUUCACUGCCUACUUUGGAGCCAGCAUGACACACCUAAUGGCUUGGGUCCAAUUGCCAUCUUGUACCUGGCCUUUCUGUUUGGCUACACUACUGUUCCUAUUGCUGACCACGAAAAACUCCAACAUCUACAGGGUGCCCCUCAGCAAAGUCACUUAUCCUGAAGAGAAUCGCAUCUUCUACCUCCACACCAAGAAAAGAAUGGAUGAAAGCCCUCUGUAAGAG